AUGGUACGCUUUACGUCUCUUACUUCUCUUCAAAAGCGUGUCAACCGUGUACUUGUUGUUGGGUCACUGGAUACGCUGCAAUCUCAAGGUAAUACCAAUAGUUUCUUACAACAGACGCUAAUCACCGCUUCAUCCAACACUCUUGACUUCUCAUCUGGUGCCAAUCCUCUUCUCCUCCAACAUGCUCUGGAUACUCUUAAUCCCAGUACUGAUAAUGGUGCUACCUCGGAGCUUCUACUCGUUCGUGAUGUAAAUGACGCACUACACGUGACACUCUACGCGCUACCAACGCAGGUAUCGCGCUCUAACUCAUUAGCACGUCCUCAUGCCAUCGCAUCCUUUGUCAAGAGCCGCUCGAAGCUACUGACCAAGAGAGACGCGGAGCAGAGCACGGACGACGUGGUGCUAGUGGUGUUAAUGUUACCAGCUCACACGGACACGUGGUUUGCCGCCGGAACAGCUGUAGCUCGAGCAGCUCCGCUCUAUGAGCACAAACACCAGCGGACAAAUGCCCUGCCUGUAACAACAAAGACUUUGACCGAGUCAGACAAACUCGAGGUAGUGUACCAGACCCCACUGACGUCAGAGGAGACGACACUUGUGCAACACACAGCCAACGCCAUUCAACUGGCUUCGAGACUUGUAGAUGCCCCACCUAAUGAGCUACACUCGGAUGCAUUUAUUGCUGAAGCUCGUGCAGUGGCAGAAAGGACCAAGUCAAAGAUCGUGGUUAUUCAGGGUAAAGAGCUCCUUGAUCAGGGAUUUGGUGGAAUUUACGGUGUGGGAAAAGCUGCAACUCACAAACCGGCAUUGGUGUGUGUAAGUCACGUGCCAGAAGGAGGUGAGGACGUAAAGGGUGUGGCGAUGGUGGGCAAGGGAAUCAUCUUCGACACGGGAGGUCUGUCUAUUAAGACGGGGGGUAGCAUGGUCGGCAUGAAGCGUGAUAUGGGCGGUGCAGCGUCAUUGCUGGCUGCAUUUGAAGCAGCGUGCCAUGCGAAGAAUACGACGGACAAAAUUCCGCUCCACGUGGUGCUGUGUGUAGCUGAGAACUCGGUGGGACCGGACUCUACGCGUGUGGAUGAUAUACUGGUGAUGUACUCAGGUAAAACAGUGGAGGUAAACAACACAGACGCUGAGGGACGUCUUGUGCUUGCUGAUGGCGUGGCAUACGCUGUCAAGCACCUGAAUCCGAAGGUGAUCGUAGAUAUGGCCACAUUAACGGGAGCGCAGGGUAUUGCUACGGGUAGCCGCAUUGGUGCCAUCUACACGAACGAUGGUGAGCUCGAAAAUUUGGCUGUCCAGGCGGGUAAGGUUUCUGGCGACUUGGUGCAUCCUAUGCCGUACGCGCCAGAGUUUCACCGCCUUGAAUUUAAGAGCACGAUUGCCGACAUGAAGAACUCGGUGAAGAACCGUGCCAACGGACAGGUGUCGUGUGCCGGGCAAUUCAUUGCAAACCACUUGGGCGAGUUUGAGCAGACGGGCAAAUGGCUACACGUCGAUAUGGCUUACCCAGUGUAUACCGGUGAUGACGAACGAUCAACUGGUUUUGGUGUUGCAUUCAUUCAGUCGCUACUGAAGGAGAUUCAUAAUGCAGGAUGGUAA